AUGCUCGUGGUCAACGGGAGAGACGAACCUGCCCCAGACCGGCGCCGGUUUCUGAUGAUGGGAAUCUUUCGCCGGUUCAGCGGCAACGUGCCCCAGCAACCUGCUCCUCAGCCGCCGUUGGCGCUGGACCCCUCCCAGCUUACUGUGGUCGAACUGAACGGCUCCAAUGGCCCCGAAGGCUACUACCCCGAGUUUGUCACCGAGUGCGUGUCCUUACAGAACCUGGAAAUGACCAUGGAGGAUGACUUGGCCGUCGGCGUUAAACAAAACCUUUUGGGCAUGCUCAAAAAGCGCCGCAGUCUGACCGUCAUCGUCCACCAGGAUGAUUCUAGUGACGAGUACAGCGACGAUGACAUCGAACACGACCCCACCAUGGACCCCGUCGCCUGGCUCAGCGACAGCGACCUGGACAUUAAUUACGACCCCAAAAACGAAGAACUGGUGCAUGAAUACAAAUACGGUGGCUACCACCCUGUGUCCAAGGGUGAAGUUUACUUCUCCGAGCAUUACCCCUCCCGGCAGUACGUGAUUUUGCGCAAGCUUGGUUGGGGCCACUUCUCCACCGUGUGGUUGGCGAAGGUCAUCGAUGAGGACGAAGAACCCCUUGAAGACUACGUCGCCAUCAAGUUUGUUAAGCUGAACAAGAACUACAAGGAGGCUGCUGAAGACGAAAUCCGCUUGCUUAAGACUUUACAAAACCCUAAACGUUACGGUGACCAUUUGACCGAUGAACACUUGGCUUACUUCGACAAGUACGGUAACGACGACGACGACGCCCCUGAGGACCACCCCGGAUACGCCCACAUGAUGAAGUUGUUGGACGACUUCACCGUCACCGGUCCCCACGGUAACCACAUUUGCAUGGUGUUUGAACUUCUUGGCGAGAACAUCUUGCAUCUCAUCUACAAGUACAAGCACAUCAACCUCCAAUUGCAACAGAGCCCGCCCCGCAUCGAUGAUGAACCUAAUGGUCAACAGUGUCAAGGCAAUUUCAAGUUUGGCAAGUGGGACCCCUUGAAGAAGCUGACGAAGCUGAUGCUUUCUUUGGGUCUUCGAUCGCCGAAAAAGGCUCUGUCACAACUGCUGACUACCCUGAGUAUCGACCUGGCAGGACUGCCAUCGUUGGUGGGUAGCUCGGACCAAACUUCGCUUCACACAGCACUUCAGCAUUUCAAACGCACCGCAGGGGGGCUCCCUCUUCCCUUGGUCAAGCAGAUUGUCCAACAAUUGCUUCAAGCUAUUAAUUACAUGCACCACUGCGGGGUGAUUCACACCGACCUCAAGCCCGAAAACAUUCUUGUGGAAAUUAAGGGCAUUAAUGACUUUUUGAAGGAGUUGGAACACAGCAAACUUCAAGAAUAUCAAAGAAAGCGUCUGGACCUGGCCGUCCUGACCCGCAAACUGCGCCAACGCCUGGUAAACCGUCACAACAGCGUCGGUCUGCUGAGUGAAUACGGCAGCUACCGUCUCUCAAAGAAUCUGAUGACGGCUUGUGGUUCCUGCCCCGUGCGGUGCCUGAAGCCGUUGUCGCGUUCUGCGAGCUCGACGGGUCAAAGCGUCACUUUUAAGGACUUCAGCUUCGGAAGUGCUCUGGCGGGACCGAACCUGACCCAGCUGUCAUCCUUGUACAACAGCCCCAGCAACACUAUGGGCUCUCUGUGGGACUUGCCGGGUGAAGGUGACCUCAUCAGCGUCAAAAUUGCUGACUUGGGCAAUGGUACGUUUGCGCAUAAGCAUUUUACCAAUCUGAUUCAAACUCGCCAAUACCGACUGCCUGAAGUCAUUUUGCGUUACAAGACUUGGGGUGCUCUGACGGACUUGUGGCUGUUAGGGUGUAUCAUCUUUGAAUUAAUCACCGGUGACUACUUGUUUGACCCUCACGAGGGCAAAUUUUACGACAAAGAUGAGGACCACUUGGCCCAAGUGAUUGAAUUGUUAGGGGAGUAUCCUCUGGAUCAAUAUUUGCUCGACUGUAAGUACACCUCAAAGUACUUCAAGAUCGACCCCCACUCGCAACAAACGGCGCUUAAGCACAUCGACAACCUCAAAUUCUGGGGCUUGGAAGAUGUGUUUGUUGAAAAGUACAAGUUUGAGCGUGACGACGAGGUGAAGAUGAUGAGUGACUUUAUCAGCAAGUGCUUAAAACUCAACUUAGAAGAGCGUUACGAUUGCUCGCUGCUUUUAAACCAUCCUUGGCUUACCGGUGUUGAUCUGAAGUGCGUUAAUCAUUGGCAGGACAUCCCUGGUUACACUGGUACUUACUAG